UCUCCUUCUCUUGCGAUCCUUCGAAAGCUUCGAAACCGACGCAGAGGAGAGAAAGGGAGGGGAGAGCGAGGCGGUUUUGCCGUGCCCCGUGACUCCGCCUCCGCACCCGGGGAAGGCGACGACACAGACUGCGACGCGGCUCCUCCUCCUACCACUGCUCGCGCGAUGGCUUCGGGCGCCGCUGCGGGGGUCGCGGCGAUGGGGAUCUCCGGCGGCGAUGGCGACGAGUGGCCGGAUGCGUGCACCCCGCUGCGGCGGAACCUGCAGCUGCUCUCCCCCGACGAGGUUGAACUUGCAAAAAUGCUAUUGAAUGAGGGCCAGCUGCACCUGUUUGAACACUGGCCAGAACCAGGUGUUGAUGAUGACAAGAAAAGAGGCUUCUUUGAUCAGGUUCGCCGGCUUAAUUCAAGCUAUCCUGGAGGGCUGAUAUCAUACACUCAGAAUGCCAGAAAACUAUUAGCAGAUUCAAAGGCAGGCAAAAAUCCAUAUGAUGGUUUCACUCCUUCUGUUCCUUCUGGGGAGGUAUUGACCUUUGGUGAUGACAAUUUUGUUUCAUUGGAAGCUGCUGGGGUAAAAGAAGCACGCAAUGCUGCAUUUGUUCUUGUAGCUGGCGGGCUUGGUGAAAGACUUGGCUACAAAGGAAUAAAGGUAGCACUCCCCCGGGAAACAACUACUGGAAAAUGUUUUCUUCAACAUUACACAGAGUCUAUUCUGGCUUUACAAGAUGCCAGCUGCAAAUUGGCUGAGGAUGGGUGUCAUACAAAGAUUCCAUUUGUUAUCAUGACUUCUGAUGAUACAAAUGAGCUAACCAUCAAGCUUUUGGAAUCAAACUCCUAUUUUGGAAUGGAACCAUCACAAGUGAAAAUACUAAAGCAGGAAAAAGUGGCUUGUCUGGCUGACAAUGAUGCAAGGCUUGCAUUAGACCCAAACGACAAGUACAAAAUUCAGACGAAACCACAUGGGCAUGGAGAUGUUCAUGCUCUUCUUUAUUCAAGUGGUUUGCUUGAGCAAUGGAAGAAUGCAGGGCGGAAGUGGGUCCUCUUUUUCCAGGAUACAAAUGGAUUGCUCUUCAAUGCCAUACCAUCAGCAUUAGGUGUCAGUGCCACCAAGGGUUACAAUGUAAACUCUCUCGCGGUUCCUAGGAAGGCAAAGGAAGCAAUUGGAGGAAUUACCAAACUUACUCAUGUUGAUGGUAGAACAAUGGUCAUCAAUGUAGAGUACAAUCAGCUUGACCCACUCCUUCGUGCAUCUGGGCAUCCUGAGGGAGAUGUAAACUGUGAGACAGGCUAUUCUCCAUAUCCUGGAAAUAUAAACCAGUUGAUACUGGAGCUUGGACCAUACAUUGAGGAGCUCAAGAAAACACAUGGUGCCAUUUCUGAAUUUGUAAAUCCAAAGUAUACCGAUUCUACCAAGACGGCAUUUAGAUCCUCCACUCGUCUUGAGUGCAUGAUGCAAGACUAUCCAAAGACAUUACCUCCCUCAGCGAAAGUUGGGUUUACGAUGAUCGAUACAUGGCUUGCUUAUGCUCCUGUGAAGAAUAAUCCUGAAGAUGCGGCUAGAGUUCCAAAAGGCAAUCCUUAUCACAGUGCAACCUCGGGAGAGAUGGCAAUUUACAGGGCAAACAGCCGUAUUUUGAGAAAGGUUGGUGCGCAAAUAGCUGACCCCACAGUUGAUACCUUCAACGGGCAAGAGGUAGAGGUUUGGCCACGCAUAACCUGGAGUCCUCGGUGGGGUCUUACAUUCAAGGAUGUCAAGGAGAAAGUGCAUGGCAACUCUUCUGUUUCUCAGAGGUCAGCUUUGGUCAUCAAUGGCCGGAACAUCUUCCUUGAAGGUCAUUCAUUGGACGGCACUCUUAUUGUCAGUGCUGUCGAUGAAGCAGAGGUUAAUGUGACCGGUCAUGUACAAAAUAAAGGCUGGACUAUCCAGCAUGUCGACUACAAGGACACCUCGGAGAAGGAAGAGAUCCGAAUCCGUGGAUUUAAGUUUGAGAAGGUUGAGCAGCUAGAGGUGAACAACACCAAGUCAGGAAAGCACUGCAUGAGUGCAUGAUUGACCUGACUAGCUUCCUACCGGUCAGAGAUGGAUUGCCUCCCAGAUUUUGGGAGGUCAUUUGCGAUAAGUUCAAACUGUUUUUUGCCUUCCCAAGAAAUAAGGAGAGAAGUGCUUCACCAAUCACCACUCUUCUUGUUUAUCUGUACCAGUAUAGUAGCCUCGUUCAUAGUCAACCCUCCUUUUAGUGUAACUAAAGUUGAUAAUUUACACAGGAUCAAAGAUCGAUGUAAUAAGUUUUAUUCAAAACUUCGCACUGAAUCAAGUACGUGGUCCGUAUGUAAUUCGAUUCGUAUUACUGAAUAUAUAUCUUUUUGCCAGAUGCAAUGGCAGGGGUUAGUGA